GUUCCCGUCGACCCAGUUAAACCAGUGCUUUAUUGUGGUCAUCUACAGCCUCACAUUGUUUUGCCGCCUUGGUCCUCCCCGUAGGAGGCGGUUCAGAGACAAAGUUUCUGUAAUCUAACAUCCUGACUUUCUUGUUUUUCCUCCUCGCUUUGCUCUUUAGAAUCAUUUGGAGUGACUGUCAUGGCAGACGGUGACAUCAUAUUGAAGGAACUUGAAAAUGCGGAUCGAGAAAAAGCUCCUAAGAGGAUAAUCUAUUUUGCUAAUGGAGAAACCAUGGAAGAAUACAGCACCGACGAAGAGGAGGAAGAGGAGGAACACAGGGUAGUCUUUCAAAAGGUGGACACGACAAAGAUGGAUUGGGGAACGUUUGUACGAUUCUGGAUGCUACGUGUGGCCACCACUGUUUUCUUUACCUGUGAGGUUCUGGGUGGAAAGCUGGCUAACUUGUUUGGCCUGAAUGAACCCAAGUAUCAGUACGCCAUUGAUGAAUACCACAGGACACGGGAUGAGAGUGAAGAUGAGGGCAAUGAAGAUGAAAUGGAGAGAAGGCAGACGGAGGUUCCCGAUGAAACGCAUCACCUACAGACACAGCGUGUGGAAUAUGGCACCAUUCGCAGCUCAGACGCGAGUAUUCAAACCGGAGACGCUUUUCAGCCGAACGCAGAGACGCAGCUUUCAGACAGCGCGCCUCGGGAGCAAUAGAAAUAGACUUCCCAAUUACGAGAGACGGUCAACACCGUAGGAUGGUAACCUCAUAGACCAUAGACGU